CGCAAAAAGGCGGAACGCACAGCUCGGCUUCCGCGCGAGGCCGGACCGCGUCCGCUGCUGUCCUGGUCCCCCAGUCGGCCGCGGCGGCGUGCGGCGGCGGCGGCGUCACCAUGUACGCGGUCUACAAGCAGGCGCACCCUCCCACCGGCCUCGAGUUCGCGAUGUACUGCAACUUCUUCAACAACAGCGAGCGCAACCUGGUGGUGGCCGGGACCUCGCAGCUCUACGUCUACCGCCUGAACCGCGACGCCGAGGCCCUGACCAAGAAUGACAGGAGCACAGAGGGGAAGGCCCACCGCGAGAAGCUGGAGCUGGUGGCCUCCUUCUCCUUCUUUGGCAACGUCAUGUCCAUGGCCAGCGUGCAGCUGGCAGGAGCCAAGCGUGACGCCCUACUGCUCAGCUUCAAGGAUGCUAAGCUGUCGGUGGUGGAGUAUGACCCUGGCACCCACGAUCUGAAGACCCUGUCCUUGCACUACUUUGAGGAGCCUGAGCUUCGGGACGGCUUUGUGCAGAACGUGCACACACCUCGAGUGCGGGUGGACCCCGACGGGCGCUGUGCAGCCAUGCUCAUCUACGGCACCCGGCUGGUGGUGCUGCCCUUCCGCAGGGAGAGCCUGGCCGAGGAGCAUGAGGGGCUCGUGGGUGAGGGGCAGAGGUCCAGCUUCCUGCCUAGCUAUAUCAUCGAUGUGCGGGCCCUGGACGAGAAGCUGCUCAACAUCAUUGACCUGCAGUUCCUGCAUGGCUAUUACGAGCCCACCCUGCUCAUCCUGUUCGAGCCCAACCAGACUUGGCCCGGGCGGGUGGCAGUGCGACAGGACACCUGUUCCAUUGUGGCCAUCUCACUGAACAUCACGCAGAAGGUCCACCCUGUCAUCUGGUCCCUCACCAGCCUGCCUUUUGACUGCACCCAGGCCCUGGCUGUGCCCAAGCCCAUAGGUGGGGUCGUGGUCUUUGCUGUCAACUCGCUGCUGUACCUGAACCAGAGUGUCCCCCCAUAUGGCGUGGCUCUCAACAGCCUCACUAUGGGCACCACUGCCUUCCCACUGCGCACUCAGGAGGGCGUACGGAUCACCCUGGACUGCGCCCAGGCCGCCUUCAUUUCCUAUGACAAGAUGGUCAUUUCCCUCAAGGGUGGCGAGAUCUAUGUGCUGACACUCGUCACAGACGGCAUGCGCAGCGUCCGUGCCUUCCACUUUGACAAGGCAGCCGCCAGUGUCCUCACCACCAGUAUGGUCACCAUGGAGCCUGGGUACCUGUUCCUGGGCUCGCGCCUGGGCAAUUCCCUCCUCCUCAAGUACACAGAGAAGCUGCAGGAGCCCCCAGCCAGUGCUGUCCGCGAGGCUGCUGACAAGGAAGAGCCUCCCUCCAAGAAGAAGCGGGUGGACCCCACAGUGGGCUGGUCAGGGGGCAAGUCCGUGCCACAGGACGAGGUGGACGAGAUUGAAGUGUACGGCAGUGAGGCCCAGUCAGGCACACAGCUGGCCACCUACUCCUUUGAGGUGUGUGACAGCAUGCUCAACAUCGGACCCUGCGCCAAUGCUGCUGUGGGCGAGCCCGCCUUCCUCUCCGAAGAGUUUCAGAACAGCCCUGAGCCAGACCUGGAGAUUGUGGUUUGCUCCGGCUACGGGAAGAACGGGGCCCUAUCGGUGCUGCAGAAGAGUAUCCGGCCCCAGGUAGUGACAACCUUUGAACUUCCUGGCUGCUAUGACAUGUGGACAGUCAUUGCCCCUGUGCGCAAGGAGGAGGAGGAGGCACCUAAGGCAGAGGGCCCAGAGCAGGAGCCGAGCACCCCUGAAGCAGAAGAUGAUGGCCGAAGACAUGGCUUCCUCAUUCUGAGCCGGGAAGACUCAACAAUGAUCCUUCAGACUGGCCAGGAGAUCAUGGAACUGGACACCAGUGGCUUUGCCACACAGGGCCCCACGGUUUUUGCUGGAAACAUUGGGGACAAUCGCUACAUUGUCCAAGUGUCACCACUGGGCAUCCGCUUGCUAGAAGGAGUGAAUCAGCUGCACUUCAUCCCUGUGGACCUGGGUGCCCCCAUCGUGCAGUGCGCUGUGGCCGACCCCUAUGUGGUCAUCAUGAGCGCCGAGGGCCAUGUUACCAUGUUCCUGCUCAAGAGUGAUUCGUAUGGUGGCCGCCACCACCGCCUGGCACUGCACAAGCCCCCACUGCACCAUCAGUCCAAGGUGAUCACACUCUGCCUGUAUCGUGAUGUCAGCGGCAUGUUCACCACCGAGAGCCGCCUGAGUGGGGCCCGUGAUGAGAUGGGGGGCCGCAGCGGUUCAGAGGCCGAGGGACUGGGCUCAGAGACCAGCCCUACAGUGGAUGACGAGGAGGAGAUGCUCUAUGGGGACUCAGGCUCCCUCUUCAGCCCCAGCAAAGAGGAGGCCCGGAGGAGCAGCCAGCCCCCUGCUGACCGAGACCCUGCACCCUUUCGGGCAGAGCCCACCCACUGGUGCCUGCUGGUGCGAGAGAACGGCACCAUGGAGAUCUACCAGCUUCCAGACUGGCGGCUGGUGUUCCUGGUGAAGAACUUCCCUGUGGGGCAGCGGGUCCUGGUGGACAGCUCCUUUGGACAGCCUACCACGCAGGGUGAGGCCCGCAAGGAAGAGGCCACGCGCCAGGGCGAGCUGCCCCUGGUCAAGGAGGUGCUGCUGGUUGCUCUGGGGAGUCGCCAGAGCAGGCCCUACCUGCUGGUGCAUGUGGACCAGGAGCUGCUUAUCUAUGAGGCUUUUCCCCAUGACUCUCAGCUUGGCCAGGGCAAUCUCAAAGUUCGCUUCAAGAAGGUCCCCCACAACAUCAAUUUCCGUGAAAAGAAGGCAAAACCCUCCAAGAAGAAGGCAGAAGGUGGCAGUGUGGAGGAGGGGUCUGGGGCCCGGGGACGCGUGGCACGUUUCCGCUACUUCGAGGACAUUUAUGGCUAUUCUGGGGUGUUCAUCUGUGGCCCCUCACCCCACUGGCUCCUAGUGACUGGCCGGGGGGCUCUGCGGCUGCACCCCAUGGGCAUCGAUGGCCCCAUCGACUCCUUCGCCCCAUUCCACAAUGUCAAUUGUCCCCGAGGCUUUCUGUAUUUCAACAGACAGGGUGAGCUGCGGAUCAGUGUCCUGCCUGCCUACUUGUCCUACGAUGCCCCAUGGCCCGUCAGGAAGAUCCCACUGCGCUGCACGGCUCACUAUGUGGCUUACCAUGUGGAGUCCAAGGUGUACGCCGUGGCCACCAGCACCAAUACACCCUGCACCCGCAUCCCGCGCAUGACUGGUGAGGAAAAGGAGUUUGAGGCCAUUGAGAGAGAUGACAGGUACAUCCACCCCCAACAGGAGGCCUUCUCCAUCCAGCUCAUCUCCCCAGUCAGCUGGGAGGCCAUUCCCAAUGCCAGAAUUGAGCUGGAGGAAUGGGAACACGUCACAUGCAUGAAGACAGUGUCGCUGCGCAGUGAGGAGACUGUGUCGGGCCUCAAGGGCUAUGUGGCUGCUGGGACCUGCCUCAUGCAGGGAGAGGAGGUCACGUGCCGCGGGCGGAUCCUCAUCAUGGACGUGAUUGAGGUGGUGCCCGAACCUGGCCAGCCCCUGACCAAGAACAAGUUCAAGGUCCUAUACGAAAAGGAACAGAAGGGGCCUGUGACCGCCCUGUGCCACUGCAAUGGUCACCUGGUGUCAGCCAUUGGCCAGAAGAUCUUCCUGUGGAGCCUGCGGGCCAGUGAGCUGACGGGCAUGGCCUUCAUCGACACCCAGCUGUACAUCCACCAGAUGAUCAGCGUCAAGAACUUCAUCUUAGCUGCAGACGUCAUGAAGAGCAUCUCACUGCUGCGCUACCAAGAAGAGAGCAAGACGCUGAGCCUGGUGUCCCGGGAUGCCAAGCCUCUGGAGGUGUACAGUGUGGACUUCAUGGUGGACAAUGCCCAGCUGGGCUUUUUGGUGUCUGACCGAGACCGCAACCUCAUGGUGUACAUGUACCUGCCAGAAGCCAAGGAGAGCUUUGGGGGCAUGCGCCUGCUGCGCAGGGCAGAUUUCCACGUGGGUGCCCACGUGAACACGUUCUGGAGAACGCCAUGCAGGGGGGCCACUGAGGGGCCCAGCAAGAAGUCGGUGGUGUGGGAGAACAAGCACAUCACGUGGUUUGCCACACUGGAUGGCGGCAUCGGGCUCCUGCUGCCCAUGCAGGAGAAGACCUACCGGAGGCUGCUGAUGCUGCAGAACGCACUGACCACCAUGUUGCCCCACCAUGCUGGCCUCAACCCCCGUGCCUUCCGGAUGUUGCAUGUGGACCGGCGCAUCCUACAGAACGCAGUGCGCAACGUGCUUGACGGAGAGCUGCUCAACCGCUACCUGUACCUCAGCACUAUGGAGCGUGGGGAGCUGGCCAAGAAGAUUGGCACGACCCCAGACAUUAUCCUUGAUGACCUGCUGGAGACUGACCGUGUCACCGCCCACUUCUAAGCAUGUGGAUGCCACCCUGCCCCCGCACACUGCCUCCCCCCACCUUUUGUACAAAACAAGGAAAACAAAUUGUUUGAGA